UAUUCAGACCGAGUUUGUUACUAAUUUGCUUGGCUGCGUUCUAUGCCUCUAAAGAGUAAUCUUAUAUAUUAUUUCUUGACAAGUAGAUAAGACAGGUUUGUUAUAAAAACUUUAAUUUAAUUUCAAGCUUCCUCCAGAACUCAGUCGGAUGUACUUACAAAUAUACAAAUCUGAUGUGCCCAGAAUCUUUGGACGCAUUAAAUAAAUCUGCUGCUAUUUCAUCUAACUGCCAGCUAAACAUAGAUAAGACUGAAGUUGUCAGCACUUGCGACAAUAACAUGGACCAAGCCUGCAGCGUUGCGUUUAGUCCACCUGUAACCAACGAUCCUGAUGUAUAUGUUGAGUUCAUAUGUAGUGGCCGAGCUAAAGGAUAUUCAACAUGUGUCCAGAAAGUAGAUAGAUUAUGUGAUUCUGCUAUCAAUGACCUCUCCGCAGUGCUAACAUAUUCUCCGUCCAGCGAAAAUCAAACAGAGAGGAUCAUUUGUGCCGACAAAACAAGUUAUAAAGCUUUUGCAAAAUGUUUGACGAGAUACAGUGGCUCAGACGAAUAUAUUAAGUGUGUAUCAAAAGAGAACUCUAACGACACGUGUAGUAUCCAUACGUGCAGCCUAAACUCCAUCCAAAAGAUGUGCCCCUCAAGUGCAGAAUUCUACAAUAAGCUCUUUUACACUGCAUUGGUAGAAUGUAAGAUUAUAUCUGCGACAACCACCUCAGGGACAGUUGAUAUACCAACAACAGUUUCUUCGAGCAGUAAUCUACAAUUAUCAUUUCUGGCGCUUACAUUCCCUGUUUGGUGUGCUUUGGUUCGAGUUUCUUAGGUUUGGCAGGCAGAAGUCAGCACUGUCUGCUGUAAAAAUUAGAUUGUGCGUGAAAACUGAAAACUGUUGCACACAAGGAAUAUAUAUCAGGUGACAUUAAUAAAAGUGACACUUUUGGUGAUGCAUUGUGACGUGAUUUGAAUUUCAAGUGAUAGUGUAAUAUAGAAACACCAGUUCUGAGCAUGAGGUGUCAACAGAAGCAACGUUCAACAUAUCUAGUCAACAUAUAAAACCUUUCUAUCUAUUUGUACCUUUAAAAUACCAGAACUGUAUCAUGUUAAUAGCAUUUCUGUUUAUUGCAAGCAUAGACCUUUUUAUAGGAAGCACCGUUUUAAUGGAUGAACUACAAACUUUCAAAUAAUGACAUUUGCCAAUUUUGUGUACGAAUAUGAAAACUGAAAAUUCUAGUAGCACAGAAUAUAAAGUGUAAAGAUGACCACGUGUGGUAGAAUGUGUAAUUUGUAAAAUAAAAUUUAGAGUAAACGACAGCAGAUACGAAGAGCAGAUGGAGAUCUAAAUUAGACAAAAAUGGCGGGAUACUGCAGAAUGUUGUUUCAAAUGGUCUAGUAACACGAUAACAGUAAAUUGGCCUUAUCAUUGCCAUCAAGUUUGAAACUGCUCAGAGGUGUCUACAAUUGGAAAAGUUGCUAUAUCACUUAAAUCAUAUUGGUGUGACUCUAAAUUCAACAUCAAACAUGUUUGAUAGGUCCCUAAAAAAACGUGAGCAAUACUAGGGUUUGUGUAAUGAGGUGUGGCUUAAAGCGGCGCAACAUUGUCAGUAAAAUACAUUGCGUGCAAUGCUUCCCAGGCAAAUGAUGUAUUUCAUUUACAAAAUAUGAUAUUGUAAACAAUUAAAAGUUAUCAUCCAUGUUUUUGAUAUUAUUUUUAUACGUAAAUAAAAAAUAUGUAAAUAAAAAAC